AUGCUUUGUUUAUCAUAGUUCACAUACUACGCAAAAAAUGUGCCACAAUCCAUACUAAGUCUUAUUAUUUUUAUAAAUCUCUUUUUACAAAACCAAAUAUGUCCUCAUACUUUGGCACAGACUGAAAUUAGCAGAUCCUUUUUCACUCCCUUUAAUUCAGAUGACAAUUGGAAGUCAUACUAGACCAUGUCGUCUAAUCAUAUUACUGAUUGUGGAACUUCAUUGAUUUUUGGAGGUCCAUCAGUUUUUAAUCAUCAAACAGCAAUUACAAAGACUUUUAUUUUACCUCCUCAUUAUAAGCUGUAGUUUGAUUUUAAGUUCUGGAGACUUGAUCCCUGGAGUGGAUCAUUUUACAUUUUUUUUAUAGAUGGAUACUAAGCAUACAAAGACGGACCAAACACAUCAACAGGAACUCAAAUUUGUGGUAGUGGUACUGUUGGAUAAGUUUAUUCAAUUAGUGACACCAUAAGUCAUAAUGGUAACAGUGCUAUAAUUACAAUUAUUUCUCUGCAAGUUACAGCAUCUUGGGGAAUUUCCGAUUUCGUAUUAUUUGUCUAUAAGUGUCCAAAAGGAUGUGAUUACUGUGAUAUAAGUGGAAACUGUUAAAAUUGGAACAGAAUGCUAAUAUUUUUUAAUAAAAUCGUUUUAACAGAUGGAGAGGGAUGGAAAAGUGAUUAUGCUCUAUUUAAUGGGAUUUAAGAGUGCGGAAGCUUUCAUUAUUAUGGUAAAUUUUAGAUGAGCAAAAUACUCUAAAUUGUUUUAUACUUAUCUGAUCCACACACAAAAGUUAGGAUGUAGUUUAAAUUUCUAUGCGCAUUUGUGACUGGAUCUAUUGUUAUGAGAUCUGAGGCUAAUGGAGUAGAAAUUUAUAAUGCCAUACUUUCUGUUCCAAAAAUUACUAAUAAUGAUAUUAUUUGUGGUCCUUAAUUUAGAUUAGAUAAAAUUUUUUUAGGAGAAAUUGUAAACAGCGACUAAACUUUGACUCUUACAAUAUAAAUUGUUGAAUCUCCUGAUCCAGCAGACAGCACUCACUUUUUUGGUAUUAGAGAUUUUGAAGUUUUUACUGAUGCAGAAAAGUAAGUAUUUAAUGAGGAAAUUAUUUGCAAUGAUGAUAAUAUUUAUGCAUUUGAUGGUUGCUUUUCCUAAAUUUAUGAUUGUAAUGAAGGUUGCAAUUAAUGUAUCAAGGGUCUUUGUACUUAAUGUUUAUCUCAUUGGACAUUGAAUACAAUUUCAGGAUAAUGUAAGGCUAAAUGUGGAGAUUAAAUAGUAGUCUCUGGAGAAUAAUGUGACGAUGGAAACUAAUAGCCUUAUGAUGGGUGCUAUGAGUGCUAGUUUUCUUGCCCUUUAAAUUGUAAUAUUUGUUAAUUUGGAAAUUGUUUGAAUUGCAACCCAUCAUAUUAAUUAAUUGGCAAUCAAUGUAAAUUUAUUUGUUUUCAAAAUGAAAGUGAAAACUUAAGUUAUUAUUCAACUUAAAAAGAAGAAGGAUAUUAUUGUUAAAUUUCUAAUUUCAUAAGUAAUAUCUAUAUGCAACAUGUAUUAAUAUAAACAGAAUUACAACCCUUGUAUGACAUUAAUUAAUGUAGCAUAAUAAAUUAUGGAAUCUUUGCUUAUUAAUAUUAGUUGUGUCCUUUUGAAUAGCCUCAAAAUUGUAAAAUUUCCUUUUAAAAUUAAUGUUAAAUUUGCGAUGAUCUUUUUGAAUUAUCUCAAAAUCUCUUAUGUAUACCCAUUUGUGGAAAUGGAGUAACUUAAGAAUAUGAAUCAUGCGAUGAUGCUAACUUACAGAUGUUUGAUGGAUGCUAUUAAUGCUAAAGCAGUUGCCAAUUAGAAUGCUUAGAAUGUAAUAGUUCUUAAUGUUUUAAAUGCAUGGAAGGCUGGAAUUUAGUUAACUUUAAAUGUUUCUCAGAGUGUGGAGAUGGUAUAAUCGCUUUGCUUUAAUAUGAAUAAUGUGAUGAUUAAAAUAAUGAAAAAAAUGACGGAUGUUUUGAAUGUAAAUUUGAGUGCUCUUAAAAUUGUCAAUUUUGUAACCAAAAUUUAGGUUGUUUCUAAUGUUAGAAGUAUUUUGAACUUUAAAAUAAAGUUUGCACUCCUCUAUGUGGAGAUGGAAUAGUUAUCGAAGGAUUUGAAUAAUGCGAUGACGGCAAUGAUAUUGAAUAUGAUGGUUGUCAUUAAUGCUAAUUUUCAUGCAAAGAAAAUUGUUAAAUAUGUGAUCAAUAAAACUGUAUGGAUAUUCAAAUAUAAUAAUGUGAAGAAGAUGGAUAUUACUUAAUUGAUAGUCAAUGCCUUACAAUUUGUGGAGAUCUAAUAAUUGCAUCUAAUGAGUAAUGUGAUGAUGAUAAUGAAAUCCCCUUUGAUGGGUGUUAUUAAUGUUAAUUUUCUUGUCCAUUGAAUUGCUAUGAUUGCGAUAAUGGAUAAUGUUUAUAAUGUGAUGACGGUUAUCAAAUCAAGAAUAAUUUAUGUAUUGGAAUAUGUGGGGAUGGUUCUAAGUAAGAAAUUGAGGAAUGCGAUGAUUUUAAUCAAAUUUCUCAUGAUGGUUGUUCUGACAAUUGCGAAAUUGAGAUUAAUUGGGCAUGCACAUAGAUAAAUUUUCAAACAAGCUAGUGCGUUGAGACCAAACCUCCUCAUUUCAAUCUAUUAUUCAUAAAUCAAACUUAUGACUCACAAUUUAUAUAACUAUAAAUUACGAGCAAAGUCAAAUUACAAAAUUCUUAUUAAAACUUGACAAAAAAUUUAAAGACCUUUCUUGUUGAUGUAAAUCCCUUGUAUUAUAUGAUCUAUUCAUAAGUAGUAGUUGAACCAAAUGCUACUUUUUUAUAAGAUAUUAAUUACUUGUUUUAGAUAAAAUUGCUAAAGCAAGUAACAACAGAGAUUUACUUUUAAGUUUAAUUAGAUACACUAUUAAUUGAUGAUUUUGGAUUCUAAGUAGAAAAUUAAUUUUGCAAAUUACGAUUAAAGAACCCUAUUGUCUUAAGCGAGUAAUAAAGGAUAGUAUCCCAUAAAAUGAGCUAAUUAAACAUGUAUAUACUCAUUGGCCUUGGUGUAGCUAGCUUUUUUAUUUUACUGUCUGGUAACCCUGUUGAAUGUUUUGAGGUCUUAGAUACGAUGUAGUAUUAAGCUAAUCUAAAAUACAUAAAUUCGAAUUUUCCAGAGAAUGUCAUGAUUUAUUUUGAAUCUUCAGAAGUAGUAACUAUCAGGCCAAUUUUGGAAAAAUUAAAGCUUCUCAAUUUUUUUGAUGGUGUAAUAGGGUAGGACUAUAUGCCAGCAUUUGGAAAGUUUCUAUUUUAUGAUGUGAAUUCAGAUUUAAUCACUAACAUAUCAGGAUUGAUUGUAUAAGUUUUUAUGGCCUUACUAUUUUUUGUUAUUUCCAAGAUUUAUUUAAAGAUUCUUUUUAACAAUUUUUAUAACUAAUUCAGAGCAUUCAUUUACAACAAUUAGAAGUCUUUUCUUCCUUAAAAAUUGGCCUUUUUGAUUCAUAAACUUAAUCAAUUAAGCUUUGGGAUUUAUUAAAUGAUAUCAAUUAAGGGGAUUAUUUAUCUCAUCAAAGCUAAUAGUUGGGACCUACUUUUUAAGACUCUUUUGUAUCUCUUUUCUGAAAAGGAGAGUAAUUUAAGAAAUAGAUUAUCAAACAUGCUUGCAUACUCCUUUUUAAUUAGUAUUUUAAUAUUAAUUUCCUCCAUAUUUUCAAUAAAAGAUUCAUAAAUGGAAUUGAAGAAAAGGAAACAUUAUUCGCAUGAAGGCUUGAUAGUUGCUAAAAAGUUUUUAUUUGUUUUAGUAUUAAUUGAAGCUUAAAAAAGCUAAUUAACGCAAUCAAUUUUGCUAUCAUUGAUAAAUUCUUCCUAUAUAACAAUUAUUGUUUUAGGUAAAAUGGUCAACGAAAAGAUUUGA